CAACCAACUUCACUCUAUUUUAGUUGGUCUUGUUAAAAUGUCGGAGUUAAAUGAGGAUAUAUUAAACUAUGAAAUUGGUGAUGUUGAUGCAGACGACACAGACCUAACUGGAGCUGAUGAAGAUGAAUUGUUACUUUCCGAUGACGAAUCGAUAUCAGGUAAAUUAGCACCAAAUGAAAAUGAAGACAAUUUGUUGUCUUCGGUGCAAACACAAAGUAAAAAAUCAACAAAUGAAUGUCUCGGCUUAGAAUAUGAUUCGCCAACGAUAUGCAAUAGUGAUAGUGCAUCGCAAAGGUGGGAUGAACAAAAACCAGCUGAAUCAAGUGUCGAAUCGCCACAAGUGAAUGAAAUUGCACGUAAAAGUCCAUCCAUAUCGCCGGGAAAUGAUUUGGUGUCAUCAACAAAUAAAGAAGAUGAAGAAAUUUCAUUGCAACCAACACAAUCACAAGAUGAACAAAAAGAUAGUGAUCCAAGUUUUGGUCCGGACGAUAAAUCCGAAUCGACGGUCAAUGAAGAGAGUGAAGUGAGCUAUAGUCAAAGUGAACAAAUGGAUUCGAAAUCAGAAGAAUCGACAUUCGUACAUCCAGAUGCUUCCGAAGAGAAUCAUAUUGAACAAGCCUCAGAUGAUUAUGAUCCAGAUGAUUCGGAAGAUGUGCGGGAACGAAGAAAUCCAAAAACAUGCGUUGAACGUGAAAUGCCACAUCAAUUUGAUGACAAUAGACCGAAGAAUUUUCAACAGAAUUUUCAACGAAAUCGACACACACGACCUCAAAUGCCUAGACAAAAUCAUCCGUAUGGUGGUCCAGAUUUUAAUCCGGCAUUCAUGCCACAAUUCAGAGGCGCCCGACGACCGAUGUUACCGGUUUCACAACAUGAAUUUAUGCGCGGACACACAAUAUCAAUGAUGCGCGGCGGACCACCAAAUCAUAUGCAACGUAUGCCACCUGGCAUGCAACCACGAAUGCCAGUUGGACCAGGAGGACCGCUUUUAGGACCGCCACAUCAACGAAUGCCACGGCCACCAUUUCAAGGUGUACCACCGAUGUUUGGCAACAAUCCUGGUAUGCCACCACAAGGUAUGAUUCGUCCAAGAGUUCCACCAAAUGCUCAUCAGAUGAUGCCACAACGGCCACCAUUUGGGCCAUAUUCACAACCAAAUCAUCAUAAUCCAGGAAAUAUGCGAUUACCAAUGAGUCCAGCAAUGCCACCACAUGCAAAACCCAUAAAUCCGGCUGUUGCAACACAAUCAAUGCCAUUGCCUUCGAUUUCCGGUGCGCCACGCAAAGUGCUCAUUAAUCCAAAUUUCAAAGGGGGCGUUCAGGCUGCUCACAAUCAAUUAAUGAUGGAUACAAUGAAGAAUUCACAAAUAUUAGAAAGUAGUCGAGAAGCGGAAUUAUUGCGCCAACAAGAAGCAUUUAUUAACCAAAAUCGAAUGCAUAUUGAAAAACGUCGCAGAUCGCGGGAGCAUUCACCUGAUCGUGAAUAUCGAGAGAGGGAUCGGGAGAGAGAACGAAGCUAUUCGCCGCCAAGACGAAGAGAACGUGAUGGACGGAAACCGUAUCCAUCAUCAUCAUUCAGAGAAAAUCGAAAUCGACGUGCUGACAGUCGAGACAGGGAACAUCCGGAUAUGAAGAAAAAACGUAAUGAAUCCGAUGGCAACAUCGAUAAAAAUGAUACAAAGACUGAAGAAGAUGAAGAGACGCGAGCCUAUCGAUUAGAAAUUGAAAAACAGAAGGCGUUGCGAGAAAAGAUUUUGCGAGAUAAAGAAAUGAGGCGACGAAAGGCAGCUGAAGAAUUGAAAAAAGAUGAGGAGAAAAAAGUGAACGACGAUUCGGUACAAAAGCUCACACCAAUCAUAGUUACAGAAAAGAAGAUCAUUUCAUUGAAAAAGAAGUCGGAUGGGUCAAGUGAACAAUUGCUAAAACCAAAAACCAUUGCACUAACACGAAAAAUGCAAGCAUCUACGGUAUCAGACAAUGAAUCUGGUGGUCAAGCAAAACCCGCACUGCGACCCACUAGUACAAUGUCAAAGAAAAUUCGCAUCGAUGAUGAUGAGGAAAUCGAUGAAGAUGAAUUGUUGGCAGAUUCACCACCACCAGUCACCACCGGUGAUGUUCCAUUCAAAAGCCGACCAAAUGCGGUUGGCAAAGUUGGUGACAUUCCAACGACAAUGUUUGCAAAUCGUCGUAUUGUUGUUCGAAACGUUGACAGCGUUACAAAUAUUGAAAAUAAUGUAACAAAUAAGACGACAACUGGCCCUGGAGGCGGAGGCGGCAAGGGAAUAUUCGAUCGACUGGAAAAGAAGAUUGGUUUACUUCCGAACUAAUCUCGAUGUCGAUAUGAGAUGGGCGAGAAAAUGAUAUUCCAUAUAGCAAAAUCAGAAUUCGCCUUCAUUUUUUUUGAAAAUGAACUAUAAAUUCUAUUUAUGCAAUAACAAAUGAAGGACAUUUAAUAACUUAAUACCACUAGAAAAUAUGUAAUGAUGUCGAUUUCUAAAACAAAACACAUAGUUCAUAGUCUCUUUGACCGUUAGUUUAAUAACCAUUCUAAAGAAAACAAUUGAACUCAAAUUAAUGUGAGCUCAAUAUUCAGCCGAUAAUGUUUUAAAUUAACUACUAAUGUACCAAAUGGAAUGAUUAGAUUUUAGAAAAAACAAACAAACAUAUAAAUGCUGUUGAAGUGAUAAACAAAACUGGAGCACAUUCAAUGCAUGUCAUUGCAUUAAUUCAACGAAUUAAUUACAAAAAAUAAAACAAGAUUAGCCGAACGCAAUGGAAUGAACUAUAGAAUGUUCCCCAAACACAUUUUGAAAUUAAGAAAUUUUAUACAAAUUAUCAAAUUAUUGUAAAAAAAUACAAACAAACAAAGAGAUAGAGAGAAAGCAAAAAAAGAGCCGAAUCGCGAAUUGUAUCACUGUACGAGUCAUCAAAUUAAUACAAACUACGAUUUUGGCCAUUUAUUUAUUAACAGAUCUUACAUUCAUAAAAAGAAAUCAAAUUUAUGCGAUAUUUUUUAUUAAAUUAAUUUCCAAAUAAGACAGGAACAUAAUUUGAAAAGAAAUUGUUCUUUGCAAAAUUCUUUGUGCAUAUUUCGAUUGAUGCUAUUGAAAAUUGGAAAAUAACUGCCUACUAUAUUUGAAUUAAUAUAAAAUUAUGUCGAUGACUCAAUAAGAAAUGGAGCAAAAUAAUUCAACAUCCAACUCAAAAUGACUUCAAUGGUCAUUUAAAUUAAUAUUGUUUAGAUAUGUAUCUUAAUUUCUUUUCUGAAAAUAUUUGUAUAUACGCUAGUACUUUGACAAUGAGUGGUUUUUCAAAUAAUCAAAAAAGGAAA